GUGAUGAUGUGAGGAGUCACGCCACGGCGCAUCAAAGGCACGAGGCUGAUAGAGCCGAUCCGAAGCAGCUACGGCAGGGACCGGUCGAGACGCACCGAACCCCGCAGACGCGCCAGUGCACCGAAUCGUGCGGAAAAAAGAUGCUCCAGUUCGGCGGCAGGGUGCGCGGCGUUUCCGCGCUCGUCUCUCUGAUUCUGGUGGCGUUGGCGGCGGCAUCAUCCGAUCUGUUUGACAACCAACUGGGCGAUAUCAAUUACUGCAAAAAGCAAUGCCAGAUGUCCAUCAAAAACAAAAGCCCCGCCAAAGACUCCAUCAUGAAUGCCUGUCACCGUGGCUGUCGGCUCUACUCUAUCUGCCAGUUUGUGAAUGGAAAUACAGGCAUCAAUACCAGCAAGGAAGAGUGCCAGGGAGCAUGCCAGGAGGCCUACAGUAAACUGCUGGAGCAGGAGGCGUGCAGCACGGGGUGUGCCAGCCAACCCGCUGAGCCGGAGAUCAAACGGAGGAAGCUCAAGGCCCUGACCAACCGGCCCAAGCCCAUCUCCGUUAUGGAUGCCGUGUCUAGCUGGUGCAAUGACAUCGUCAGUUCCGCCCAGAGCUUCAUUUCUUCCACCUGGACUUUCUACCUGCAGGCUGAUGAUGGGAAGGUUGUUGUGUUUCAGAGCCAGCCAGAGAUUGAGUACUCCUUGCCUGAGUUACAAGCCCCGCGCUCCAACGUGGUCGACAAACCUUGGCCCCAAGUCAACUCCCACACACCGCGGCCACAUACUGGAGGGCGGUCACAUGGGGAGAGGAAUGCGGCAAAACCUGGGGCGAAAGCAAAGCAUGUCAACCAACAUGCCGAGGACCCAGCUGCUGAGCACGACUUCCUGGGCUGCAUGUCAAGGCGCUCAGGACUGCCGCGUUGGAUUUUAGCAGCUUGUCUCUUCCUGUCUAUCAUGGUGAUGCUGUGGCUGAGCUGUGCCAGUCUGGUCACGGCACCCGAGCAGCACGUCAAGACUCAGCUUAGCAUCAAUGGAGAUAAAGAGUACAUGGUUGACACCCAGAAGGUCAACCCCUAUCACUUGAUGCCAGUGAUCGCAAUGACAAUCGGCCAAUCGGAGGAGAGCAAGGAGGCGGGGCCGCUUCCGGUCAAGGUUGACCUCAGCAAAACAUCUCUGUAAAAGCACUGAAGAGGUUACGACUAGGGUUCAACUCCUCUCCAGAGCUAUUUCUCGCAAUUUAAGGGAAAGUUACAUUGUUUUUCUAUAUAUAUAAAAAAAAAACAUGCAUGAUGACAUUUAUUAUAUCGUUUACGACGUACGUCCUGUCUGAAUACUAGUCUCCUCACUGAAUUUGCAAACCUCAUGGAAUUGUAGUAUAGGUGCUUGUUCACAUAAUAUACUAACGCAUUUUUGACUAUAAUGUAUACAUACACUAGAGCUCAUGAAGAACUUCGCAACAAGUUUCUUAUCGCUGUUGUGAUACGUUCUUAUCGAAUUCCUAAAAAACGCACUGUAUAAACACAGGGGCUCAGAUGGUAGAUUGCACCACAACCUCAAAAGAAGAGCAGGGUUAUUUGUCAAGCUUUGGCGUUUAGAUACUACAGCGAACGUUUAGUUUUACUAUGAAUAGCCUACUUUCAAAGCGCCUCUCCCCGUUAUUAAUUAGCGUCACAUUUGAACUGGAAGAUAAGCUUUGAAGGUAAUCUGUCAGAGAGAGAGUCGCACUCGUAGAUUCUCACUUUGCUCAAACGAGCAACGGAAAAAUCAAACGCAGCCAAUUAGCGAAAGAUCUGCUUUCGUAACAACAUUUACAAAACAUGAAUGCGUCCUUUGAACUGAUAUGUAAUCAAACUGACAAGGACUCUUAAUUACUUCACAGAUUGUGAAUGCUGUAGUUUGAAGAGUUAAAUUAGGAUUUUAGGAUAUAGUUAAAUUUAUAAAACAUUCUUUAUAGGCUUUCGGAUGUUUUGUAUGCAAGUAGGUAUUGAGGGAGAUUUUCAUAUGCAUAAUUAUGCAUCCAUAAUAAGCCUGACUAAACUACUCACAUUCAUGUCAAGGAAGCAUGAUGUGUAUUUAUUUAUUUAUGUAUUUAUUCGAAGCUUAAAGCAUAGGCCUGUAGUCUUUCAUCUCACAUUUAGCUCCUUUAGAUUUUAUGAGGUGUAAUUGUAAAUUUAUUCCCAACGUAAACCGUUAUAGAGAGGAAAAAUGCUUGCUGUUCAGACCGAAUGUGAAUUGUUAUUCCAAAGCCCUUCCCCUUAUAUUCUUCAUCUCUGGCCGAAAAAGCGAUGGGGUGGAGUUGGGGCGGGUUUUGAACGCCUAGCACCAAGCUUUGACAAAUAUCUUUUGUAACUAGACUGUAGAAUUGACAGGCUUUCCUGGCACUAUUUGUCUUGUGCUGCUAUUUUUCCCCAUUUAAGCCCAGCCACAGUGCAUGCUUAGUACGCUAUGAGUAUGAGACGUUGAAUAUAUCGUCCCAUCUGUUUUGGAAACAAACUGCUGUACGCUUGUGAUCUUUGUGUUUUUGCUUAAUGUUCAGUAGGCAUUGUAAUUAUGACCAUAGAUUACUAAGAAGUCAAGAGGUGGGAUACCUUAAUAAGCCAUUUAAUAUCUACUGGUUCAUCAUUACUGUAUGAAAUACAAGUCAGUAAUAUCUUUUGUUUCUCUCUUUUGAACAGUUUCCCAUAAGAUACUCCAUAAUACCAGAUGAAUAAAGUGUUUUCAUGUUGUAAUUAA